ACCAACCAAUCCCUGAACUGGGGGGAUGGAGUCAGACGUAGCUUGCUCACAGAGCAAGCACUAUGCAAACUUCAUCUUCCUCAGAAGUUUCAUAGCUGGUGGACCAUGGAGCUUCUGGUAAAUGUCAGAAAAUGGAUAGAAGAAAACAAGGCAGCCUUUUUACCUCCUGUGUGCAAUAAACUUAUGCAUCGACAUCAAUUGAAUGUGAUGUUUGUUGGAGGACCAAAUGAAAGGAAGGAUUAUCAUAUUGAAGAAGGAGAAGAGCUCUUUUACCAAGUGAAAGGAGACAUGUGUUUAAAGAUAAUUGAAAAUGGGAAGCAAAAAGACAUUUUCAUCCGCGAAGGGGAGAUGUUUCUCCUACCUGCUAGGAUACCUCAUUCUCCUCAGAGAUACACAGACACCGUGGGUCUCGUGAUCGAGAGGGAAAGAUUAAAGACAGAAAUUGAUGGGCUCAGAUAUUAUGUUGAAGAAUCAACUAAUGUCCUAUUUGAAAAGUGGUUUCACUGUGAAGAUCUUGGCACUCAACUUACACCAAUAAUUCAAGAGUUCUUCAAUUCAAGGCAGUAUAAAACUGGAAAACCAAAUCCAGAUGAACUCCUGAAAGAAACGCCUUUCCCACUGAAUUCCGCUUGUGUUAUGGAGCCAUUUUCCUUCCAAGGCUGGUUGAAAGAUCAUCGCAGAGAAAUAAAACAGAAGCAAUCUUUGAGUAUCUUUGGAGAUAACUUCGAAACAGAGGUUAUAGCUUAUGGACCAGGAACAACUGAAAAAAGUAAAAGUAAUUCAGAUAUCUGGAUAUGGCAGCUGGAGGGUGCAUCUACAGUUACUAUGGAUGGUAAAACCCUGACUCUAACUGCUGGUGACAGUCUGCUUGUCCGUGCCCAAUCUUUGUACUUCUGGAAAAGAGAAGAAGAAUGUGUUGCUCUUUACAUUGCUCAGGAUCCAAAACGCAAGCAGCCUUAUACCUAGUUUCCGUUCCAGUUGACAUUGAUGAGAAAAAUUUUAACCUACUUAUGUCGUCUUAAUAAAUUUAUAGUCAGAGCUCCUGUAAAUCUGAACAGUCUAACAUAAUAAUUACACUGGAAUCAAGUGCUAUGCCCUAUUAUAACUUUUUUUUUUUUCCUGAAGUAGUUAAUGUUUCAGCAAAAUCUACAACCUGUAAUUUUGUUAAAAACAAGACUUUCUUACAUGAAAGCAAAUGAAAACAGAUCCAAGAAGCAGGAUUAGCUACAUAGUAAUAUAAAUGAUAGUAUCUGGAAUAAAUUGUAAACUUUUCAAGUGCAAGUGUCCUCUGUGAGGUAAAGAGAGGGAGAUAGGACAGAUAUUGUUUUGUCUGUUUACUUACAUUCUUCGUUUCUUUGCCUCGGUUUUGCCAUUAGUAAUAAAUUGUGUAUGUGAGUUAUCAAGCCCA